CUUGUUUUCUUCGAUUUUAUUUGCGGAAAGAAAAUUAUUGUGUCUUCUAAUUUUUUUAAAAUGUUCCAUUAUUUUGUUAUUUAACUCAAAAUUAAUUGUUUUUAUAGUUAAAAAAACAUUGUUAAAAUUCUACAGUAACAUUUAAAGGCGCACACACUAAAAUUUUAUUUUAAUUAUACAUCGCGUGGCGGUACCCAGCCAAUAUGAGAUUUUCCGAUAUUUAGCGACAGGUUAACAUAAUUUUUCGCUUUAUUUCUUUCUUUUUGAAAUAAAACGAAGAAAAAAGAUAGUAGUUAGUGGAAAGUGGAAAGUGGAAAGUUUUCAGAAAUCAAAAUUUCAAAAAUAUCCAGAAUUGCUUUAGAAUGAAAGAAAACCGACAAAAACCCAGUGAGCAGAUAACAAGAUUCCCAGAGCCCACCCCAUCUCAAAUAGAGCUUCAAAUUGACAAUUUAAAGUUUAGAGCAACCUUUUCAAGGGUACCAACAUGACUAAAAAUGUUGUGGCUAUUUAAAUGAGUAUUUGGGUAAAUACAAAUUUUUUGAGAUAAAUAAAGAAAAGAUGUAACAUUCAGAUUGCAUGUACGUUUGUUUGAGUGCGGUCCAGGCACAUGAGUUUAUUUGUCAAAAAGAUUGGACAUUUUGAAGAAGACGAGAACUCGAAAUGUAGCUGGAAAGUUUUUUGAAAAUUCAAAUUUAAAAUAUAAAUUAAAAAAUACAGAACCUUUUUUAAAUCAAACCGAACACGCAGUUCAAUGCAAAAAUCGAUAAAAGUCGAGGAAACGGAAAGACCGGUUCUCUUGAGGAUAGACGGACAACGCAUUCGAUUGGACUUGCGCACCAAUAUAAACAACAAUUGAAUGCAAUAAAAAUGUAACUGAAUCCAUCUUAUGGAAUAGUGGAAGUUAUCACAUUUAAUAAACAAAAUUAAUAGUUAAAAGUAUCAACAGAAAAUACAUUAAAUUAUCUUUUCGUCUCUCCUAUUGAACAUUGAGUUAUUCAAGAUAAUAUUUUUUAGCUAGAAAUGACGUGUGUUGAACUAUUGUGUGGCCUUAAGUUUGGAACCAUAAUACUAUAAUGUGAACUUAAAGACGCACGGAUUCAUUCAGAUGGGUCUCGUAGCGAUAAUAAUAACCGGGGCUCAUCUUAAAGUCUCCAGUAGUCGCUUUUUAAAAGGAGUUUGAGAUAAAAUACUUAGAAUUUGAAGAGAGAAAUAGGAUUUUAAAAAAAAUUAAUUGAAAAACUAACUUGGAGAAAAACUAUUAAUAUAGAAGUGAAAAAUAUAUUAUCUAGCCAGGUAGGACGGAAACUGAAUACAAAAAAAAUAUUAAAUUCAAACUGCCGCGUUUCUUUUUGCCAGUGUGUCUAAUUCUCUUGGCACAUGGUCAGAGAGGUUUCGCAAGAAAUAUUUCAACAUUUUCUUGAUUACCAAAUAUGUACAAUUAUAUAUCUAAACAGAUAACUUUUCAUUUGCUAGAAAAUAGUAUUAUAUUUAUUAUUAAUAAAGAAUUUUUACAUUUUCCAGAAAUGUGAAAAUUCACAGUAAAAGUUUUGGCAAACUGCCAAAAAUGUUCAGUCACUUAUUAAUGCCAAAAUUUUUAAAAAUUAAUUUUGAAAAGUUUUACCGUAUUAUUUAGUUAGAGCUACUUUACCUGUAAAUAUUUGUGACUCACUAUCAAUAUUCCGAAUUUUCAGUCAUGCCCCAUAACAAUUGCUGUAAAUUUCAAGAACCCACUGACAGUUCUGAAACCUCAAGCAUGCACAAUUUGGAACAAAGUAUAUGCUACAACUGCCACAAACUUGGUCAUAUGUCUCGUGAUUGCCCUGAAGAACAACCUAAAGCAUGUUUCAAAUGUGGAUUCCGUGGACAUUAUUACCGAGAAUGCCCAUCACAAAUAGAGAAAAAAUGUAAUCACGGGGAAAACAGCGAAUUGAAAAGUUGUUAUCAAUGCCAAAAAACUUCAAGUUCAUGAAAUAACUUAUCGUGUCUCUUAACUUUUAUUCGUGCAAAAAUAGCUUUAUAUUUGUUGAUAAUAAAAUAUUUUUAC